AUGGCUGAGAGGAUUAAUGCAUUUGAAUGGUUAAUGAGAUCCAGUCAAUCUGAUGAUAUUCAAGGUAGUAAUGAUAAUAAUUUUCAAAUUGGUGAUCCAGAUCCAGAGACAACUGAAUUUAUAAAUGAACAACAUGAAGAAAGUCUGAUGACAACAGAAGAAAUAGAGGAAGACCAUACAACGAAUCAAAGGCUGAUUUAUAGUUUAAAUUUUUUUAACAAAAUAAACAAUAACCAAUCUAUGUGUAAUACUUGUAAAAAAGUAUUAAAAAAACCUUCAUCAACAACAACCACUCUAGUAAGGCAUCUUAGAAUCCAGACUAAAAAAUAUUCUGAAUAUCAAACAUAUUCAUUCAACUCAAAAUCAUAUUUAUCACAAAACAGUGCAAGAGCUAAAUUAAUUACCCAAAAUAUAAAUGAAAUGAUUGCGUUAGAUUACCAACCAUACUCAAUCGUUAAAGACCGUGGAUUUAAGAACUUAACGUACACAUUAGAGAGCAAGUAUAAACUACCCACAAGACAAUAUUUAGCUUCUACUGCAAUUCCUCAGCUGUAUUCAAAAAAAUUAUCUCUACUUAAAGAAGAAAUUAACACUGAAUUGAAUAGUAUGCAAUCCAUAUCAUUUACUUUUGAUAUAUGGACAAGUGGGGCUCAACAACCAUAUAUAUCACUAACAACACAUUAUUUAACAAAACAAUUUGAGCUUCGUAACAAAACACUAGGAUGUUCAUACUUUCUAGGAGAACAUGAUGGAAAAAGUAUUUUUCUUAAAAUUAAAUCUAUGGUUAGUGAAUGGAACAUUGAUAUUUUAAGUUUAAAUAUUCCUAUUUAUAUGGUCACAGACAAUGCAAGAAAUAUAAGUUGUGCAUUAAAUAAAUAUAAUUCCAAUGAUAACUUACAUCACUAUUUUUGUGCAGCCCACACAUUACAAUUGGCCAUCCAAGAUGCUUUAAAAGAAAAUAAUAUAGAAAGUUUAUUAAAAAAGUUUCGUCCAAUUGUAACUCAUUAUAACCACAGUAACAAAUCUUGGGAACGUUUACAACAAAUUCAAGUUCGAUUAAAUCUUCCAAACCAUAAGCUCAUACAAAUGGUCGAAACUCGUUGGAACAGUGUGUUUUUAAUGUUGGAGCGCAUAAUAGAACAAAAAGAAGCAAUUGUUUUGGAUUUGUAA